GGUGAGAAUAGCUAACCGAAGUAGAAUUCCGAAAAUAUCCCUACCCUAACAUCAAACGCCAAUAGGUGUGCUUCCAGCACCUCAGCCGCGUUCGUCUGCGUAUCCCCUCCGACGCCGGCAUCCUUAUCGUCUCCGUUGUUUCCAGAGAGAAAGACGGUGAUUGUGAAUUUCAGUCUUAAGCUAAAUGGGUUGUUAUCUUAGAUAUGGCAGACAUGGAGUUAAGCAGGUCCUUAGAUUUAGAGAUGCUAGUUAUGAUAGUACUGCCGUAAAUCCAAUCUGGUAUGCUUCUCAAGGACUUCGAUACAUGAGGAAGCUCCAAGUCAUCCUCACCUCUGACGUAGAUAAGCUGGGAAAGGCUGGUGAUACUGUCAAAGUUGCCCCGGGAUAUUUUCGCAACCACCUAAUGCCAAAGCUCCUUGCUGUCCCUAAUAUUGACAAGUUUGCUCAUCUCAUAAGCGAGCAGCGCAAGAUCUGUCAGCCAAUUGAAGGAGAAGAACAAAAGGAUGUUACAGUAAUUAAAGAGUCAAAGAAAGAUAUGAUGAAAGAGUAUGAAAGGGCUGCGCUUCGUCUUGAUAAAGCUAAGCUGGUCUUGCGGAGAUUAAUUGAUGUUCAAAAAGCAAAGGCCCGUGCAUCAAAAGAUGACCCUUUGGAGUUACGUUCACCUAUGACAAAAGAUGCUCUUGUGGCUGAGGUGGCAAGACAACUAUGUGUGAACAUUGCACCUGAAAACCUACAUCUCCCAGUGCCUUUAGCAACACUCGGAGAAUAUGAGGUGCCGCUGCGUUUACCAAGGUCCAUUCCUUUGCCAGAGGGCAAGCUUAAUUGGACUUUGAAGGUUAAAAUUAGGAGUAAGUAGAUAAGUUACUAGGCUUGUUGAAUCUGAGUAAUAAAUCUUGACAGUUUUGGUGUAUGAUGAUGGAUUGAUGUAUUGAGAUUAAUUCAUCAUUUAUAUCGAGCAUCACAUGGUUAUGUUCAUAACCAAUUUGAGAGGAAGACAAAUCUUUUAUUGAAACUGCAGAUACUUUUUCAACCAUCUUCCUAUUCCGUUACCACCAAUUUAUGAGAAAUGCCUAAUUUUCAUAGAGGAUAUUUAAUGUGUAUUCUAGGUACAAGUUUAAUGAUUAGUGAAUCAAAAGACAAUACAAAUUAACUUUUAUGUUUGAGAAAAAUUAGGGAAUCAAAAUCCCAAUCCAAAGCUUUUGUACCUACUAUUUUUGCAAAUGCUAAUGAGUUUGAGCUGUGGCAUAACAAUUUAGUUAGGUCACCCUCCACAAAGAUUGUUGAUCUUUGCUUGUACUCACUAAAUAUUUCAUAUCAGAAUAUGUUUCAUCUUCUUUGUGUGAUUCAUGCUCUAAUUCAAACACAUCAAUUGUAAUAUCAACUUUCUACACACAAAUUUCAAUCCCAGACAUUGAACUCAUAGUAUAGAAAUUUGAGAACAAUCUUCAUCCCUUUAUUUGGUAGA